GGGUGUUUGAGUUAACACUUAACAGAAAGCUACAAGAAUUCAAGAAAGCUUUAUGAAAGCUAACUAUAGAAUAACUGGCCUGUCCGAUGGCACAGUGGAGAGGAAAGGAUAUGCGUAAUAGCGUGGGCGUCGGAGCGUUAAUCAAUUCGUCCGAGAAAGGUGAACGUACCCGUUAGGGUAGUUGAGCUCUUUAAAAACAAUGGAAUGAAUGUUUUUGCUUUUUCAACCGUCACUGCGUCACUCAACAACACCUGUCCAGAAACAGACGCAAUUCUUUCUCAAGAAAAGAUACAAAUCUGAAAAACGCCAGCUUAGGAUAAGACAAAAACAUCUUAUCCUUAUUGUAAUGUGAAAAUUCAGCAAAAUUGUUGAGCAGACUCACCUGAUGAUCAAGUUUCAUCAACUGAUUUCAAAUUUACUUUCAGAAGUUGACUUUCGAGUUUUUUUCAGUUUUCAGUGGCGACCGGUGGCGACAGUCUAACUAACUAUUAAACUGUGAUUGUCGAAGACCCUCCCAUCCGGAGAUUCACUUUCAAUUAGCCAAAUGAAGCGUGGGCUACGGAAGUCAUCUGUCUUUUCUGAACGGUUAAAAACCUGAUGCAUCUAGCGAAAUCUAAUCAGUUGAAAGAAAGUAGUCGAAGAGUACAGAACUGAUUCCCAUCGAUAGAAACGGAUUCGGCAAUGCCUUCCGCUUCAAAUUCCAGCUCAUACAUAGAGGAACGUAGGGGUGGUUAUGGAGGAGAUUACAGCAGUGGAGGUGGAGGGUACGGAAGCGGAUACGGAGGAUAUGGCGGAGGACAUGGGCAUGGCUCCAUUUCGCUGGACGCUGUCUCAGUUUUGGGACUUUUGUCCUUAGGAGCGGUUUUAUUGCGAAGUAUCCUAACCUUACUGCCAACAAGUGCACGUAGUCUGGACGUGUCGGACAUUAACCUGCCACUGAUGCUUUCCGAUAUUCCGGAAGCCAUUGUUAAAUGGCAUGGAAUGACGAGCAGUCACGUUGUCCACGAAAGGAGUAUGGAUAACCAAGAUGAUGACGAUAAUCCAGUAGCUCCUAUUCGUCAUUAUCUGAACAUGUUGACGACGGAAAAGGCUUGUCUUCCGCAUUUCCUUUGUAAAUUUUGGAAGAACAAGUCGAUGGAGGAAGAGAGUUUCCUUGACGUUGUUAUGUUGGCCACUGCUGCCUGGAAUGGUCUCACAAAAAGUGCUGCUAUCUACGACCACAUAAAGAAACCAGAUUCUUUGAAAGCGGAACAACAUUGCAUUCAAGCUCGUUAUGAAUGCCCAGCAGGACGCUGAGUAUUCACCAACGGUGGGAUGACAAUUCUCUGCGAUCGUUCACAAUCGUCUACAACCGACUGAUUUUUUGGUUUAGUUGUAACGCUGGCUAUGAAUCAUUAGUAACUUGGUGGGUCUUUAUGUCGUAUAGUUUGUUACGGUGUUUAAUUGGGCUAUAAUACACACGACGUUUAUUUCUA